AUGACUCAAUCUUCAAUGAUUCUGACAAACGGUGCAUCCCAGACAACCACAAGUAUGGCUGAUGAAAUUAACCCCGAAUUGGUUUACGAACCAUGUGGUAAGAAUAUUUCUCCUGAUCAAUUUUAUGGGAGUCAAGAACCAACACCAGAAGUCUUGAAAUCCAAGAAUUUAAAUAACCUUGUUUCUGGUUGGAUUAAUAAGUUUUCAAAGAUUAUAGAAAAUCUUGGCAAUUUUCCAACAAAGCCUAAUCUCGACGAAUUAGACAAGUUAUUUGCUCCUCACUCAUUCUGGAAAGAUCACUUAUGCUUAACUUGGGAUUUCCAUCAAUAUAAUAACUUAGAAAAAAUCAAGGUAGUGCUCGUUAACCAGUUACCGCUGUUCAAAUUGAAGAAUUUUCAGAUUAAUCAAAACGCUGAUUUAGGGCGUAGCGGUACCAAUAUUUCUACAAUCCUUGAAGCUUCAGACAAUGAUCCAGUUCCAAUUCAGUAUGUUCAAGUUAUUGUUAAUUUCGAAAAUAAAUAUGGUAUUGGUAAGGGUGUCAUUAGAUUAAUCCCUGUUUGUUACACAUUGAUGGCUUAUUCUGUUUAUACUGGUUUAGAAAGCAUUACGGGAAACGAAGAAAAACUUGGUCAUAAAAGGAUGGAAGGAGUAAAUCAUGGGCAACAUAAAGGAAGAGUUUCGUGGUUAGAGAAUCGUGAAAACGAUUUUGUUUACGGUAAAAAUUCUAAGCAACCAACUGUUCUUAUUGUUGGCGGAGGACAUAGUGGGUUGAAUGUAGCUGCUAGAUUGAAGUUCAUGGGAAUUAACUCUUUAAUUGUUGAAAAAAAUAAGAAUAUUGGCGAUAACUGGAGAAAUCGUUAUAAAUUUUUGGUUUUACAUGACCCUGUUUGGUCAGAUCACUUGGCUUAUAUGAAUUUUCCUGACACUUGGCCAAUAUUCACUCCCAAAGAUAAAUUAGGUGAUUGGUUUGAAACUUACGCCAAAACUUUGGAAUUGAAUUAUUGGACAAAUAAAACUGUAUCAGGGGCAGAAUUUAAUGACGAUAAUUCAACUUGGAAUAUCAAUAUUAUUGAUAAUGAUAGUGGUGAAUUGAUAGCUUUAAGUCCAAAGCAUGUUAUUAUGGCAACAGGGCAUUCUGGCGAGCCAAGUAUCCCAACCUUUGAGGACCAACACAAGUUUAAAGGAAAAAUUGUUCAUUCUUCUCUGCAUACAACUGGAAAGAUAUAUCAAGGGGAAAAUGCGUUAGUAAUUGGCUCUUGUAAUUCUGGACACGAUAUAGCACACGAUUUCUAUGAGCAAGGUGCAAAACCUACUAUUGUUCAGAGGUCAAGUACCUGUAUUUUUACGGCGGAAAUUGGUGGACCCUUGACCGCUGAAGGACUUUACGAAGAAGAUGGACCACCUACUGAGAUCGCUGACUUAAUUUCACAAUCUAUGCCUUGGAAGUUGUUGAACAUGACUUUGCAGCAACAGACUAGAAGGAUAGCAAUUUUGGAAAAAGAUGUACGCUCCUCAUUAAAAGAGGCAGGAUUUAAAAUUGACUAUGGUUAUGGAGGUACCGGAUUGGUGGGUAAAUAUCAUAGAAGAGGUGGUGGGUACUACAUUGAUGUAGGCUGCUCAAAGCUCAUUUCUGAGGGUAAAAUUUCAAUCAAGAGUGGCCAAAUUGAAAAAUUUACUGAGGAUGGGGUUAUCUUUUCUGAUGGAAGCGAAAUCAAUAACUUAGCCAUUGUCGUCUUAGCAACUGGCUAUUCAAACAUGAAAGACAGUGCUAGAAAGAUUUUUGGUAAUAAAGUUGCAGAUAGAUUACACCCAGUCUGGGGCCUUGACAAUGAGGGUGAAAUAAAGGUCAUGUGGAGAGAUUCUGGGCAUCCAAACUUUUGGUAUAUGGGAGGUAACCUUUCGUUGACGAGAUUUUUUUCCAAAAAGUUGGCUUUGAAAAUUAUAGCUCAAGAAAGGGGAUUUACAAAUCAAAAGUCUAUAGCUAAAAGUUUUCUAACAUAG